CUCUUCUCCUACCUUCAUCCAUCUUCCUCCUUCCCCUUACUCUAUCUCUCCCACUCCUGACCAAUGUGGCAGCGGGACCAUGCGCCCUCCACGUCACUGUUGACGGCCGGAUUUGCUUGCUCGCCGUCGACGAAGCAUGGCUCCCCAUCCGCCGUCGGUGAGCGGGACGCGACACAGGAGGAUGGCGAGCUCCAACUCCUCUUCUCGCUGAGCCUCUUCCCUCUCGAGGUCGCCAUGGCGCCCCAGAUCCACCCUUUCUGCGUCCAGACCGCUCCACCGCACCGAUGCCCGCUGCUUGGGUCCUAGGUCGUCUUCUUCCUCCUCAGAACGGGCCGGCUGCAUCUGCACCUCCUGCUGCUGCUUGCAAGAUUCCUGCAUCCGACAAUCUCGUCGUCCGGCGUCUCAGAUAGAGAGUUUCAUCGAAUCGAAUGGCAGAGGGCAAGAGUGAAAAAUUCAAACAACUUAAUGGUGUAAUGGUCGAAAGAAAGAGACCAAGGAUUCACUUGGGCGACUUGCACACAGAUAUAUUGAAUCGUAUCAUAUCACUUCUGCCAUUAAAGGAGGCUGCAAGGACAAGUGUAUUAUCAAACCACUGGAAAAAUAUUUGGUGUUCCCGAGAAAGCUUGGUGUUUAGAUUUUAUACAGUGCUUUCAAUGCAUCAUCAUAUCAAAAGAUGUUGGACUUCCGAUGGUCAGAGGUUAAAUAAAGAACUUUUCAUCGAGAGAGUCGAUUCAGUGUUAAAGCAACGCAGUGGUCUAGGAGUUCAAACAGUGGCAAUUCUUUAUGAAUUAGAAAACGAAGAUGCAGACCAUAUAGAUAGGUGGCUGAACUUUGUUAUUGCUUCAAAGACAAAACAGCUUAUUCUUGAUUUGGAUCCUUACUAUCCUAAAGUGGCACCAUAUAACUUUCCUUUUAAGCUUUUCAAUGCUACUAACAGCUUGCAGUUGCAAGCAUUGAAACUUAUCUCUGUUUCUCUAAAGCUGCCAGCGAAUUUCAUGGGUUUUCGGAACCUUCAAAAGCUUAAGCUAGAUUGCACAGAUAUUAGUGAUGAUGAUAUGCAGACUUUGGUCUCAAACUGCAAUGCCUUGAAUUUUCUUGGUAUCCUUUAUUGUGGAAUGCUUACAAGAUUGCAGACAUCCCAACCUCUAAACCAGCUUAAGCAUUUGCAAGUCGAGAACUGUACAAUGCUUCAAGAUAUACAAUUAAAUUUUGGUUUGACAAAACUUGAGUAUGAAGGCCCACUGAUACCUUUAGCACCUCCUGGACCUUUGUUGAUGACAAAUGUCAUGAUGAAGUUAUCAGAUAUAGAUUCUGCUCUUGAAUAUAUCUUCACCAAACUGCCAAGUAAACUGUUCAGAACUCAAGAGGGCUACUUUGCCAGAGAAGACCGUAAAAUUUAUGUAUCUAAAGCAUUUGAGAUUGGAAUUGACGUUUUGCGUACGGCCAAGGGAAGCUGAUAUGUUUGAUUUUGCCUGCAUCCUGAAAGCUGCUCCUUUGCUUGAAAUACUGGAAUUGCAUAUGUGGAUGCCCUAUGAUAACCAACAUUACUGUGAAGAUCAUGGUGUUCUUCGAAGUCUCCCCAAUCACGCUCACUCCAAUCUCAAGCUCGCCUAUGUUACUGGAUUUUACGGCAUGAAAGAUCAGUUGGAGCUUUUACGCCAUAUCCUAAUAAAUUCUGUCAUGCUCAAUGCAAUGAAGAUAGAUCCAAGGCCGGUUGUCGCUGUUCCCCAUGGAACGGUGAUGUUAUGUACUGAAGGGCUUAAUUGUUUGAAUGGAUAUAGAGUUGCCAUGGAAUAUCUUAGCAAAGCAGACCACCGCAAUGUUCUUGAUGUUCAUGAAAUCCUGCUUGAGGAUGUUCAAAAGCGUGAAAUUUAUGCGAUUAUGAAGGAUCGUUGGAUUCAAGAGCCGAAAGCUAUGCUAAGCUAUUUCUGAUCAUAUCAUCUGCAACCCUUUUCAAGAACACAGUCAAGCUUGCUUGGGAGAAACUAGUUGAUAUUGUCAAUUAUGCAAAUUAAAUGGAGAAGUGAGAGGAUGUUGUAAAAUUGGAGAUAUCUUUAUAGCUAAACUACUGUAAUAACGUUUCUGGAUAUAUAUUUUUAUGAGUGAAUUUCAUUUUGGGCGUUUA